GCCGUUGUGGCCGCCACGCCCUUCCCAAAUUUAGCCAGCCGUGCCCGCUGUGGUUGGGAUCUGUAGCCAGGCACGCGCGAUGGUCACACCGAUCAGUGCAAGCUGCGUUUUCUAACACUGUAGUGUUGUCUUGCGUUCGACGGGUCAGGGUCCAGGUUGCGUCCACCAUGGUGCUGAGCAUUCUGUGGAGCCAUUUUGUUGUCAGCUAUUUUGGCACAGGCGUUGUUGAAUCGGUGCCGGUAUUGCGUGGACCUGCGGCCAUGCGCUGAGGGCCGCCGCGUUGCCCCGAAUGCCGCACGCGGCCAGGCUCUAUCAGCGCUGCUUAUGCUUCGCCGGCAUCGUGGCGUACGUCUUCUUUGGGCUGGUCAUCGUGGUUGUCAACAAGAGCAUCGUGCGCGAUCAUGGGCUGCAGAUGCCCGCCCUCGUGGCCUCCAUGGGCGCCCUGUUCACGGCCACCUUAACCCGUGUGCUCGUGCUGCUCGGCAAGGUGCACGUGCGCCCAGUGGGCAAGCAACCAUGGGAGUUCGCUCUGUGGCGGGUGUUGCCUGUCGGCGUCUGCGCGGCGGGCAGCCUGUGCUUCGGCAACAUGGCGUACAUAUUUCUCGACGCUGGUUUCAUACAGAUGCUUAAGGCGGGGACGCCAGCGUUGUUGUUGCUGGUGCUGGCUUGCCUCAAGGUGGAAGUCGUUUCGGGCAAGUCCGCCGCGCUCGCAUUGUGCAUGGUGGCAGGCAGUGCGCUGGCGUCGGCGCAGCAGCCGAACGCCACCGUUGUGGGCCUCGCCGUGCAGCUGCUGUCCCAGAUCUGCGAGGUGCUGCAGUGCACGGGGAUGCAGGUCUUCUUGCAGCAGCUCGGCUUCGAUGCCUGGGACGCUGGCUACUACCUCACGCCCGCCGUAGCCGCUUGCUGCCUAUUGCCCUCGAUCCUGCUUGAAUGGCCCCACAUCAUCGCAGAUCAGAAGGUGCAGCUGCUGUUCGACCAGGCACCGAAGCUCGUGCUCAGCGGCUGCGUGGGCGUCGUCGUCAACAUGUCCUCGCUGCUGGUGAUCAAGCACACGUCCAGCCUGCUGGCCAAGCUGCUGGUCAUCUUUCGCAGCGCAGCACUGGUACUGGUCUUCAUCCUCGGCGGGGAGGAGUUCACCCUGCUGCAGGUCGCCGGGUACGCCGUGACGAUCUGCGCGUUCGUGGGCUACUCCGUGGUGAAGGCCCAGGAGGCGCAGGAGAGGGACUCCCAGCAGGAGGACGCCGCGCCCGACAGCAAGGAGUGCGAGGUGUGCGCUGGGGAGCCGGACUUGGGGCUGGAGGCCGCGCCAGAGGCGGGCGCGAGCAGCCUGCCCCGGGGCAUCUCCCACACGUCCAACGAAGGCCUCCUCGACGAGCACCGCGCCGCGGGCGAAGCCCUCGGCGCCACGCCGCCGGACGCAAGCCGGCCGUCCUGGGACGUGACCACCUUCCUCUUCUGGUUCGCCCUGUUCGUGUUCUCCGCGGGGGCCUACCAGGCCCUGGUGGUGCGGCAGCUGCCCUCGAGCGAGCUCGGGCUCCGCGGCCUGGUGCAGGCGCCUCAGGUGGCCUCCGUCUCCACCGCGGUGCCCCCGGCGCCCGACCUGGCGUCCGCCUCGGGGCUCGGGCGCGGCGAGCCCGCCUCCGCGGCCGCCGCGCUGGGCGGGGCGGUGGGUGCCCCGAGCCUGGCGGGGCCCCCCGUGGUGCAGACGCCCGCCAAGGUGCUGCGCCUGGCCGACGGCCGCUUCCUCGUUCACCGGGGCGGGGAGGUGGCGCUGCAGGCCCGGAAGCCCGGCUCGACGUUCUCCUCGUCCUGGGUCGUCUCCUCGCAGGACUUCGGCCUCGUGCACCUGCAGGCUCUCGGCGGCGGGCCGGCGGCCCGGUGGCUGUCGUGCAACCUGAGCCUCACGGCCGCCGCCCAGGACGCGUGCGAGCUGUGGAUGACGGCCUCCAGCUGGGAGAGGUGGUCCCCGGCGGAGGACGUCGGCGAGUACGUGCUCAAGAGGCGCAGCACCGGCCUCUUCCUGGAGGCCGACGGGCCGGGCCUGGGGUGGGGCCAGGCGGGAUCCACGUUCCGCGUGGCCGACUGGCUGCCCGAGGGGUGCUCGCUGAAGGGCAUGGGGCCGUCGCGCUCCAGCUACCUGGAGGCCUCCGGGGAGAUCGCCUUCACGAUGACCACCUUCUCCCGCGUGUACGCCCGCAGCGCCAUGUUCAGGCAGGCCUUGAGCUCCGCGUUCCUGCACCUGAAGGAGCGCGACUUCUAUCCCGAGUUCCUGGUCGUCGACGAGUGGUUUGAGGGGCCAUCGUUGCUGGCCGGCACCUUCAGCGGACCAACCGUGGAGUCGACUCGUGCAGAGAUGCUCGACUUUUUCCCCGGCUGCACCGGAGCCACUGUGGAGGAGGCUGAGGCGGCCCGCGGCAGGUGCACCUUCGUCUUCAAGGAUCAGGAUCGCCCUGGCCAGGCGAGUUCGCUGAACAUUCUGCUGGACCUCAUGAGGGCCAAGUUCUGGAUGCACCUGGAGGACGACUGGGUGUUCUACCAGGACUCGACGUGUACCUGUCGCAGCUCCUCGCGCCGCUGUUCGGAGACCCCGACGGCUGCCGGCGCCAAGAGGACGGGCAGCGUCAGGCCACCGGUGCGGAGGUCCGGGCUGGGGGCUGCGCGCAGGUGGCGGCCGUGCGCCUGGAGAGCCGCGAGCCGUCGCUCGCGGAUGCCACGGGCCCGGCAGAGGGCCCAGAGGUGGAGGGGCAUCACUUGUCGCCCGCCCUGCUCAACGAUUCCUACGUGCGGGAGUUUCUGGCCCACGGCGGCUUCGACGACGAUCCGAGCCACGGCUGGGGCGCCUUCGAGCAGGUCGGGGCCGCGCCGUGGCCAGCGUUCCCGCUGAGGCCGGCGCUCCACAACCUGACCUACAUCAGGUCUCUGGGCGGGCCCCUCUUCUACGGCGGCAGGCCUGGCCGCUUCUGCGAGGACCCGAGGAUCAACCGCUGGCGCGGCGGCGGGAGGGUGCGCAGCUUCCGCUGGGACUUCCAGUUGGAGUUCGCCGUGCGGUGGGCGCGCGGCGGCGCCUCCGUGGCCAGGGUGAGCCCAGGCGCGUGCGUGAUGGACGUCAGCGGCGGCGUGAGCAGCCUCGAGCGGAGCGUCGACGUCUGGGCCGUGUAGGGCCCCCCCGCGCGCGCCAGCCGCGGUGUAUCCCCACCUCCAAAAAACCUGGCAGGGGCCGCCCGCCGCCGCCGUGCGACGCCCUCGCGCGGUACCGCUCGCUCGCGGCAGUUCCUCGGCGCCGCCCGCUGCCCUCGGUGCCACCCCUCCCGGUCGGCGGGGGGACGUAUGAAUCGCCCCUCUCGAAGGCUCAAUUUUUGUAAACGCCUCUGGUCGCCUUUUCGAAGUGAGCGACCGUUGGGUCCCUGUCCUUACUCCAGGAUCUGCCGAAUUGCGGUUGGGGCACGUAGUCUGAAUUCGAUGCUCACCGGCAGCGUGCCGUGGCGGGCAGGCUCGGCGUCGCCCCCUCUCUUGGGUGUGCCGGCGGCUGCGAGCUCCGAGGAGGCAGUGAAGAGCCUGCUCCUCCGGCAGCAAUGUCGAAGCCGAGAGGGGCAGCUUCUGUGGGCUCCUCUUCUGGGGCAGAUGGGCCCGCCCUCAAGGGACGACGGCCGCUCGUCGGCGCCGCGUGCGCUGCGCAGAGUCUGCCGGCGGCAGGUGCCAGGAACUGCCAGCCUGCUCGGCGGCAGGCAUACGUCCCCUCCCGGACUCCUGCUCGCUCCUUCUCGCUCCCUCCUCUCUCUGACGUUGCGCAGACAUGGAUCGGAGGUCGUUGCGUUAGUCGCGACGUGCAACAAAUAAUCGCCGACUUAGGCGACGGGCAUGUCCCCUCCCUGGCUCCUCCGAGCUCCUCGCUCCCUUCCUUUUUGCGCAGACAUGGAUCGGAGAUCGUUGCGUUGUUCGUGACGUGCAAC